AAUAAAGCCGUCUGUCUCUUCAUUCCUGCUAUUUGAAGCCGAAGAGCCCCACACUUUCACAUACACAGACCGCUCGCAGUGUUGCAUCUGUCUGCCGUGGCAUGUGUGCCUGCGUUAACGCGCGUGUGCACCACUAAAAGAGAGAGAGAACGGGUGAGCGUGCCAGUGAGGAGAGGGAGAGAGAACGGGAGAAGGGAUAAGCGAGCGAUCGAGAGAAAAAGGGUGAAAGAGACGCCGAGCGCAUGAGAGCAAGACAAAGCAAUGAAAUUCAUCGGAGCCGCUUACCUCCUGUUCCUUCUCCCUGCUUUAAGCUUCAACAGCAGCUAUGAGGGGCUGGAAAAGAAGCUGAAGGAGGUUUUCACAGAGAGGACCGGAAUUUUACGACAACUAUCCAAAACAUCAAAGGAGCUGGACAGUAUAAAGGGGAACCUCCAGUCUCUUAAGAAUGAUGAUGCUGUGCCCAAGAAGGAUGUUCAGAGGAUCCUGGAGCUUAGUCACAAGCAAAGGGAUGAGAUGAAGUCACUCCAGGCAGCUCUGCAGAAACAACUGGAUGAUGCAGCUGAACGUACAGAGAAACAGCAGGCCACAAUAAAGUUCUUAAAGAUGGAGAUGGAAAAGAAGACCAAAAUCAUCAAAGACCUUCAGCAAGAGAAUAAAAGCCUGAAGAAUAAACUUCUGUCUGGGAACAAGCUCUGUGACAUACAUGCAGAGGAGUCCAAAAAAAUCCAAGCCCAACUGAAAGAACUGAGGUAUGGCAAAAAGGAUUUAAUUUUUAAGGGUCAGCAACUGAUGGACUUGGAGAAUAAACUCAAAGUAGCCAAAGAUGAACUGGAGAAGGCAGCGCUGGAUAAGGAGUCACAACUGAAAGCCCUGAAGGACACCGUGCAUAUCUGCUUCUCGUCUGUCCUACAAAGCCAGACAGGAAGUUUACACAGAUUUCCAGCCACUCCCACCAACCUGUUGAGGUACUCUGCCCUGGCCAACAAUUCAAGAGUCACCUUUCAGCAGCCGCACGCAAAGGACAUCCCGAAAGUUCCCCGGAUCACAACAAGUAAACUGCCUGUGAGCAGUGCAGUAAUGAGGAGAGAGAGCCCAGGACCGAAAGAUUGCCAGAUGGUGAAGGUGGGAGCAGACUGUUCCCACAAUCAGACCGAGAGUUCAUCUGAGAUGAAAAAGACAUUUGACCACAGUCAAUCGAAGACCCCAGAGCAGAUCGGACAAGGUCAAGCAAGGACAGCAGAGGAAAGUGUGAAAACAGACUAAAAAAGACACAAAUGGACAAACACAACUGAAGGGACAGUGGAAGACUUGGCAGAUUUUCUGCAUGGUAAAAAUGAUGUCAGAUCUGUUUAAGCCCCUCUUCAUUCACUGAGCUUAUAAGCACACACACACACACACACACGACUGUAAGCAAACACAAACAACAACAGACACUAACACAUAAUACUCAGUCUUACACUGCUAAUGUAGAAAAAGAAAUUCCCAACAUAAAAUUUUGAACUUUCUUAAUAAAAAAACAACAACUGCAUAGUAUGGCAUGCAUUAUAGAGUUUUAGAUAUUGAUUUUACAGAUACGAUGGUAUGAUAUGAUGGUUGUUUUAUAAUAAUUGUUACUUUUUAUUUGUCUAUUUUGAUUCUUUUUUCUUUUCUUUUUUCAAAGUGAGGACACGGUGUUCUUUGAUUUGUGUGGUUUGUAAUUAAAAACUAUUUCUGGCACCUCAGACCAGAGUUUCAGUGUUAAAGGUCACGCCGGGGGUCGUUUGAGUUCUGUAAAUUUACACAGGAGGUCAAAUAUGAACUUUUUCUGAGCAGCUUAUGAAAAUAUUGAGCCAUGUACUGAAUGCAAAAAAGGGCUGCACGAUUUGAUGAGGGAAAAAACAUUAAAGAAAAAAAAAAGAUUAUUAUUAUUAUUAUUAUUAUCAUUAUUAUUUUAUUUUUACAGUGCAAUUGUAAAAUUUAAAUAAAAUUAGACUUAUUUUUAUUUUUCAAAUGUUUAACCAUCAAGCUUUUAUUUUGGCUGCUCAUGUGUAAAUGUGUGUAAAAACACAAUGCCACUUCAUUCUUAAACAUUUAAGGCAUAUAUUUAUUUAAUAAUUUGCAGCAUUUGAGAUUUCAUAAUCACACUAAGCCGUGUUGCAAUUUCGGCUUUGUUCCAUCUAAUCGUGCAGCCCUAACAGAAACGAAAUCAAUCCCACCUCUGUUAAAACGAUGAAAAGACCUGUUUAACGCAGCUGAAAUGUGAAGGUACGGUUUGUCUUUUGCUGUAGCAAAGAUUCAUUUACUCCUCCUACUCCAUAUUACGAGGCUCAAGUUGGCUGGCCAACUAUCACUGUUGAAUAUUUCAGAGCUUUUGGUGCCAGAAUUAAAGAGAAAAACUCGACUCACAGUGAGUCGUCUCCCUAAGAAUGAUGUGCCAUGCACCGAGUACUUAAUCUACUGCUACAUCUCUUUCUCUUUCUCUACCUUCUUGUGUCCUUUACAAUAAACCGUGAUUUUCGCUAAAUGUGUGAAGAAUAAAUGGUUAUUUGUGGAGUAAGAUAA